AAAAGGUGAAAUAAAGGGAGAAAUGCACAUUUGGGAGCAAGCCAAGUCUUCCAGAGCCUUCACGAACAUGAAUGUGUGCUCCCAAGUAAGAAAUUUCCCGAAACCCUAAUUUUCCUCCUUUCCUCGAAUCAUUCACCCUCGAUAAUACAAUCUGAAUCUUCGCAUUCGCUCAUUGCUCAACUCUCCAAUUUCCGAUCAGGGGAGUUUUGAAGGGCAAUUUUCAGAUGGGGAGGCCUUUAUUUUACGAGAUUCUUGAAAAACCAGCCACAAGUGGGAUUAUAGGGAUUUGCUGUGCUAUAUGGUUUUACAUUCAGAAGAAAAACAUUGGAUAUUCACAUGUGGGGCUGAGUUAUGAAACUGCCAUGGAAGGACACCAUUGGAGGAUAAUAACUUCUGCCUUUUCUCAUAUAAGUGUUAUUCAUUUGGUUUUCAACAUGAGUGCUCUUUGGAGUCUUGGGGUCUUAGAACAGCUUGGGCAUAUGGGCUUAGGUGUUGCAUAUUAUCUCCACUACACUCUUGUUCUGGUCAUACUCUCUGGUAUCCUAGUGUUAGGAAUGUACCAUCUCUUAAUUCAAAAGUUUAAGCUCGAAUACUUUCGACGAGUUACCGCUGUUGGAUAUUCUUGUGUUGUUUUCGGGUGGAUGACUAUACUUUCUAUGAAGCAACCAUCUUCGAAGUUGGAACUCUUUGGCUUUCUUUCGUUACCCAUCAGCUUUGCACCAUUUGAAUCACUGAUCUUUACUUCCAUUAUUGUCCCACAAGCAAGUUUUCUUGGACAUCUAUCUGGAAUAAUUGUUGGAUAUGCUAUAGCUUGGGGUUUGAUCCACGGAAUGAAUAACUUCUGGGCACUUUCCAUGCUAGGAUGGGUUGUUCUUGUCUUUAUAUUUAGCUUGAAGAAAUCUAACACCUACGACUUCGACUUUCUGGAGAUUGAAUCUGUGACGGACCCUUCAUUGCCGUCUGUUCGAUUUCUUUCAGCUGGAAAUGGUAGGACCUUGCAGAUGAAUGCAUUGCCAACAGGAGAUGUCGAGAUUGUAUGAUUUUUUAGGAGUCAUUUGCAUACUUAAGAUGUUGAAGUUGACCAUCGAAUCCUGUUGUUUGUGCCAGGAUAAUAUAUUCGGUCUCGAGAUGCCCUCUGUUUGAGAUCUGUUCAAGUUAGCAAGGCUUUAUCAUGAUUACUGGUGUGCAAUUCUUCCAUUCUUUGGGAUUGAAUUGACCGGGGAUUAUCGGUUGUAUGGAUUAACAACAAUGGUCCAGCCAAGAAGUUAUACAGAAAUUUAAUUUGUCAUUCACAUAUGUAUCAUAAUUUGCAUUGCUUGAGGCUGAAAUUUCAUCUUUGCUUAUUUAUUUAAUUUAUUUAUUUAUUCCCUUUUCUUGUAGUUUAGCCAAGUGUUGUGUGGAUUAUUGUUCAACAUUUGAUGUCACUGCCUAGCAACAAGCUCCCUUGUUUAGA